AAAAUCGUUCGAUACAAACAUGGCUGCUAAAGCUGCACGCUUUUCUAGAUGCUUUCAAAAAUGUAAAAGUUUUAGUUACAUACGAAGAAACACCAGUCUGUCAUCACGUAAUUCAAUUAAAAAUGAGUUGGAAGGGACUGUGAUAAAAGUAAAUACAACCAAGUCUCCUUUGUUCAGUCAUGAUCUACUUGCUUCCAAUAUUGUGAAAAAGACCGAUGCUACUGUCAAUUCCGGAUCAAUAUACGUCAACUAUCCGAACAAAGAGACAACUCUGGUCGGUAAGAAGCCGAAAAUUAGAAUGGUAUGGGAAGAACAAGAUUGUAGUGAAAGUUUUCCAGCUUCGCCAGAGGAAGCCAAUUUAAAUUUAGUUCAUUUCUUGGAACAACGAGAUAUGUGGAUGCGUCAGAAAAUGUUACACGUUCCGAAGUUUUGUGUGGGAAGUAUAAUAGCUGUAACCAGGGGUGAUAUGUACGCCCCUGAUGGCUUCACAAGAUUUGUUGGCUUGUGUAUCAAUAAGAACACAAUGCAGAACACAAAAGGAGCAAACUUUAUCUUAAGAAAUGUAAUCGAGGGAGAAGCGUUAGAAAUCCAAUAUCCGAUAUAUAACCCGUUAAUUCAAAAAAUCGAAGUGUUGCGACAUGAGCGUUGGGAAAAUGAAAUACCAGAAGUAGGACUCCGAUUUCUACGCGAUUACCCUUUAGAAUAUAGCACAGUGAAUGAGAGUAUGGAAGCUGAAGAAUAUACAGAAGAACCUAAAAUCAGGUUGUGGACAUCGGAAGACAAAGAAAAACUAAAAAAAUGGUUCGAAAUGAUAUAUCAGUCGAGGAGAAGAAGAUAACGAUUGUAUAUUUUUGUUACGUCGAUAAAUCAAAAUGUUUAGCUA